AUGGAGAAGUAUGAAAGGCCAUUCCUUCACUUUGUAAGAGACGAUUUUUUAUCUCCCUCUGAUGUUGAGGCAGCGAGAAGCAUACACGGGAGGUGUGCAUUUAGAGAGCUCCACACAGACCUGUUCCGGUUCUUGCAGACCGACGAGCUGAAAGAGAGAGAGGACCUUGAGUUUUUUAGAAUUUCUCUGAUGAAGGUCUUUGAGGAGAUUGGAGAUGUGAAGGGAGGAUGGAUAGAUUUGUUUGGGUCCUACUAUAGGAAGGGGGAUUACCUUCUGUGUCACGACGACAAGACCGAGAACAGGAGGUUUGCCUUCAGCUAUUACUUGGAGGACCACGACUCUGGAGAGCUUAUUCUCUAUGAGAGUGAUUGCAAGACGGUUUCGAAAACGGUCAAAGUGAAAUCCAACAGGCUUGUAGUUUUUGAAGUCUGCGACACAUCAUUUCAUGAGGUUGGAUACUGUGAAAAGGAUGGAAGAAGAGCAUUUACUGGAUGGCUGAACUUUAAAGAAGUAAGGCAUGACGACGACAGUAGAUGUACGGAUGUGUUUGACCUAAGCGGGUGUGAAACCUUCCCGCUAGAAGUGGACUUUAACGAGAGUCCCUUUGUAUUCUAUCCGGGCAUAGAGUAUGACUUUGAGUGCAUCUCUGGUGCUGUUGAGGGCCCCUUUUGCCUCCGGAGGGUGGAAAGAAUAGAGAUCAGUAACCCUCUGGUUCCGAGCAUAGAGGGAUGGGAGCUCAAGGAUGGAGGCUUCUAUCGUUUCAGGGUGGGGGACUACAUUCUUCUAAAUGACAGAUGCAAUGCAGUGGAAGGAAAUGCAUGUGACGUGUUCUUCAUAGGUGGAGAAGAAGCAGCCUAUUGCGAUGAUCUGGAAGAGCUGGAAGACUCUGAGAGUCCAAUCAAGUACCUGGACAAAGAGGGGAGAUUUGUAUGUGGAAUCCCAAUAACCAAGGGGAUGUUUGCUGUAAGGCGUGACGGGCUCUCCUUGUUUGUGGAAAGAUGCAGCAGGGAGUUUUUCCUGGCACACUUUGUCUACGUCGGAAAGGACUGA